CUUAAAACAAAGCUGGGUUUUUCUGGCUGGUUUCAUGAGUGAAGAAAGCUGCAGAUAUCCUUGGGAUCAUUUGGAUUACCUCAAAACAUGUCCUUUUCAGGCAAAACUGGAACUCUGGGCUGCUGGGAAGCUGGUAGGGCUGUUGGGGGCAAAGACAUCCCCUUGCUCCUGCAUCCAUUAAGGUGGGAGUGGAGAUGCUCCAAGGUCAUUCAUAGUCAGUUCCGUAAUUCUCUUUAGCAGUGAUUUUCUGCAUACAAGUGCCAUGUGGGUUUAUUUUUCUGAGUGUGAGAAUGCUUUUAUUUUUAGCUAGCAAGUUUGGAGCCUGUGGAAAACUAAUGGAUGUGCAACUGUGGCAGCGUUGGGCCUGGGCUUUGUGUCGAGGGGGAAAAAGCCCUUUCAGAGAUCUAUUUUUAUCAGUUAAUUAGUCGCUGUUGCUGACGUGUCAGUGCUGUGGUGAUAACUAUUCCCAGUUCUUCCCUGCACAGUGGGGUCAUGGUUAGGCAAGGAAUGCAGCAGCCAGCAUGGCUGCUCAUCCCCAUGGCUGGGGUUUAACUCCUUCCAGACUGUGCCCUGAAUCCAAGGGCAGAUUCCACGGGAGGAGCUGCCAUACGGACAUGCAGAAGUUUGUCAGUCUUCAGCAGAGGGGCUUUCCCACAGGUCACUGCCCUUAAUUUUUCCUCUGCCCAGAGGAUUUACUGUAUCUCGGUAGGAGCUGAGGUGUGGAGGUGGUUGUGAUUUGCCAGUGGCUGGGUGACGGGCCUGGAACCAGAGGUAAAAGGCUGCAGCUUUCCCAAUUCUUGCUCUUAUCUGCUGAUUUUGAAUGACUCAGGACGAUCUGUCCGGGUUGGAAGGUAACCAGGCAGAGCAUCUAGUGAUUACACGUUGGUAUUUUGCUUCUUGUAGAUGAGGAGUUGCUGUUUUCCUGAUUUCAAAAUGACGAAGCCCUUAAUCUGAAAAUCCUUGUGUUGUUCAUUCUGUUGCUUGUGGUGUCACUUGUUUUUGAUCCUCAGCUGUGCUGAGAUAGGGAGGCGAGAGGCAGCUUUGGUCUCAGCUCUACCCUGGUUGUCACUGCCUGAAUUUCUUUGUUUAUUAGUGACUCUCGGCUCUUUCUGCUGAGGAUGGGAUGGGGGAGGGAGGACUAAUUAUCUCCAGAGAGAGGCUUUAAAUGCUAUUAGCCAAAAGAAGAGGCUUCAUCUCCUAACUUGAAUGAGUUGAGAGAAAUAACACAAAGCACUGGUGGCAAAGGUAUGAAAAUUGAGAGCAAUCCAAAUGGUUUCUCUCUGCUGAACCCUGGAAAUAGAUUUAUUAUUGCUUUUCCCUGAGCCUUUGGCUGGUAGCAGCUUUGGAGGAGUGAGGGAAGGGGUAAACAGAUUGUUAACUUUACUCUUUAGUGUUUGUGCUUUAUGCAUACUGAAUCGCUCACCUCCCAGCUUCAUGCAGUCGUGAUGGGCAAUUCAUUAUCAAGGACUAAUUAACCGCAGCUGCUGAGUGUCAUGGGGCAAAACAAGGUGCAUACUGAUGAGGUCUAUUUGUGCAAGCCUGGCACUUCUGUGCAGUCGGUGCCUUUUGAAACACUUUCAGGAAAGAUCACUGAACUUCGGUAAAGUUUACUGCUGUUAGAGGUUUGGACCUUUUUGCUGUCAGCUCCAGAAAGCUGCUGCUAAAAGCAGGGAUUGCUUGGCUGCCAGUACCUAAAGGUUUUCCUUUAGUUAACCAAGCCCCAAAAGUUAACCCAUUAAUUACAGCUGUGUUGGCACGGACUCAGUUGUCUAAAAUACAUCAAGAUUAAUCCCCAGCACUGAUUUAACCUGCAGGCUGCCCCGUAUGGGCUUCCUUCAUCAGCUCACACUUGCCUGUGGGAAAGGUGAACCUCUCUUAAUGUGUUUUUCUCUCCCUUAGCUUUUAAGGGUGCAGUCAAGAAAAGUUUGGCUCUAAUAGUACAGAAAAGCCUUGAUUUGUAAACUUGGAUCAAAGUUUGGGAGGCAGUGACUUGUUUGGUGUCUGCACAGUGUUUAGUAGUGGGCCACACUCAGCCCUCUCGCUGUGUAAACACUGUGUUGCAGAGGGUGACUUAGCAAAAAACGAGAUUAUUGCUGGAUGUGGCCUUGAGGUUGGGAUCACAAGCUGUGUCUCAGGCUGUGCUCAUGGAGGUGAAGCUCACAGAGGUGUUUGUGGAUAUGGAAUAAAGCCAAAGGCUCUUGUCUUUGGAGUAUUUGAGCUUUGAACAAAGUGUGUCACUGUGCCAGUUUUCAGGGGACUUCGGCUGUAGUCACAUGCCUUUGAAGGUUGUCUUCUCCUGACUAAUCCUUCUGUCCUACUGAAAAUCAAAGUGGGAUGUCUGUCACAGCUGAACCCGCUGCUGUGGGAUCGGCCUUUCUCACUGUGCCUGCUGGAUGGGGCUUUGGGCACUGUUGUUUCUGUGCUGGCAAGAACUCCCCUGCAGAUGCACAAAACUGCUGCUGCUGGUGUGUUAUCCAUUCCUCUCCCCUCCAGAGCUGUCUAAAAGUUUUUGCUGGUUUGCUGCAGUGCCAAGAUCCACAGGAAGCAGGUUUGCAGGUACAGCUAACACCGCCAGCCUUUGGAUCCCAGUGCAGGGGAGACUUAAGUGGGUUUGAGCAGGGAUGGAAGCAAGGUCAGGAGGAUUUGAGCUGGUCUUUGCUGGCUGCCUCAGGUGCUGUGGGAAUGCAUUUUUAAAGCUGCCCUGCUGCAAUGCUGACAGUGGAAAUCUGGAUGGAUCCACGGAAUAUCUGCUCCCUGAUCCUGGAUGGAUGACCUUGUGCUGAUGAGGUUAUCUUUAUCAGCUGGGACUAAGGAGGGGGAGGGUAAUUACUGAAAUAGGGAUGUCAGAUGUGUGCUAGUAAAUUUGGGCUUUUAUUUUUGGCAGUAUUAAGUUUAGUGUCUGUUGCAAACCAGGUGAAGCAGGAGAAGAGCUGUUAAUGGAAUCAUGGAAAAUGCUGAGUUGGAAGGGAACCCAUCAGGGUCAUGGAGCCCAACUCCUGCUAGAUUUGCUCCCUUGUAAAGAGUGUUUGUGUGAUGCCAGAGGAGAGCAAACAAUUUUGUGAUGAAGGAUUGUUGUGAGGCUGCUGGAUCUCCCAAAUCAACGUGACACUAGUGAUUACACUAACCAGUAUUAUCCACAUCUGCUUCUAGCCUCCAAAUGAAGCCUUCAAUCUGUAUUUUAAUGACUGUGUUCUCUCUGCUUAUCAGCUGUGAGUCCAGGGAAAAUAAGGGUGCUCAGGUGGACAGGAGGCCUGAUUUAGCUCCCAGCUAUGUUGCUGUUGUGGUGUUUGAUGUCAGGCAAGUCACUUUUUCCUUGUUUCAUCCUUCUGUCUAUCCUCUCCAAGAUUACCUGUGGUUAGUGAGGAUGUCAUCCUCCUCUUUAUAGCUAGAGGGACAAAUUAAUUCAUCUCAGCCUUAAGGGCCAUAAUUAGCAGCCAGGUUCUACUGGUCUAGUCCCAUCUUGCUCUGUGUCAUAUGGUGUGUAGGUGGGCCCUUUAGUAAACAGAGUAUGAAUAACAGGAGGAAGUGUUUGGGUUUGUUGGGUAGGUCCAGCAUCAGCUGCGUUCAAGGAAUUGUUCCUUGAUUUUCACCUUGUCCUGUGUUUUGUGAAUGUGUAAUUUGAAUUUUUUAUUUAAAUGUUUUUAUUUAAAUGCUUAUUCAGGUUUCACACUAGGCUUUCCUGUCUGUGGAUCUUGCUUUUUGUAUUAAGUUCUUUUGCAAGGGGGGAUUUUUGAGAGCUUUUUCAGUGAAAUAGAAAAAAGAAGUUUGCCUUGAUUCUGCAGUAAAUUCCUGCUGCUCUUGGGAAGUGGGAUUUAUAAAGCUGCUGUGCUACAUUUCAGCAUGGAAGGGGAGGUGGGGGAGAAACUACCAGAAAUCCAUUUCUCCUUUAAUAUGGAAUUGUAUAGGUGAUACUCUUGCAUGGAGAGAAGCAGUCCUUGCAUAAGCACUGGAUACAUUAACAUUUCUAACUAGUAAAUUUAUGGAUAAUCUCUUCUUUUGCAGGAUUUAUUUAGAUUUGAGAGCAUUAGCCUCUGGGAAAAUUAAACCUCUUUUAAAUCCACUUUGUUCAGAGACUAGACUGAGGAACUGCUGGAAUUUCUCUGGACCCUAGUGUACAAGAGGAAUGGAAGAGAACGCUGCUGAAGAGGUGGAUCACACCCCAAGUGAUGCCAGCAUGGGGGUAGAUGUUUUGGAAUCAGGUGACACCACGCCUCCUACAAAGAGGAAAAGCAAGUUCUCAAGCUUUGGCAAGAUUUUCAAACCCUGGAAGUGGAGGAAAAAGAAAAGCAGUGACAAAUUCAAGGAGACUUCAGAAGUUUUAGAACGAAAGAUUUCUAUGCGAAAGCCAAGAGAGGAGCUGGUAAAAAGAGGGGUUCUGUUGGAAGAGCCUGAGCAGGAUGGUGAAGAGCCAGAGAAGCUGAACCCACCUGCACUGAAGAAUGGCCACACUGUCCCCAUUGGGGGCCCUGGGGUCUGUAACCUGCCCAGCCAGGAGGAGGAGGCCACAAAGCCAUCCAGCCUUAGGAAGCCUGCUCCAGUGGAGGAACCGAAGAAGAGGCAGGGCUCCUCCAGCAGCCACCCUGGGCCUGAACUGGAACCACCUCAGGAGCCACAUGUUCCCAGACAACCUCUGCUUCCUCCAAAAAGACCUCCCUCCACUUCCCAGGAGGCAAAUGAAGUACAGGCAAAGGAUCCAAUACCUGCCAGCAGCACUGCAAGAACUGCCACCUUCAGCACAGCCUCCAUGGCAGCAAAGACAGUCAAUUCCACAGCUGCCCCUUCCCCAGCCCCCAGGACUCUGCUCCCUGCUCCUGCCAGUGCCAACACUACUGCUCCCACCAGUACAACUAGCACAGCUCCUGCCAAACAGCCUCCCGUCCCUCCUCCCAAACCUGCCAACAGAAAUAGCAACUCACUAAUAGCUGAACUUUCCCAAGUAAUGACCAGUGGUACAGCCUUGUCCAAGCCUUCCCCUCCUCUCCCUCCAAAGAGAGGCCUCCUGCCUAACAACACGUCAGAGGCUGUCACCUCUAAGCCCCCAAAUGACAGGACAGUGACAGCGAGUCGCCCUGCACCGAUUCCACUGCACGUGACCUCCGCUUACCCACCGCCCUCGCCCUCGCCGCCGCUGCCCACCCACGUACCCCCUGACCCUCCACGUGUGGCCCUGCCCACCUCCACCCCUGUCCUAGACCCGCCGUGCUCCCUGGACCUGACCAAGGAGACUCCUCCUCCUCUUCCUGAAGACUUCAGGUCCAUGGAAGCAUCGAAGAGGACAGCAGAACAAGGGUUUGGUGAACCCCACGUGCUGCCUCGCCUGCCCCAAAUCCCACUGCACAUUCGUAUCCAGCAGGCUCUGGCCAGCCCUCUGCCUGUCACCCCACCUCCCGAGGGCUCCCACAGGGCUCACUCAUUGCUCUUUGAGAACGAUGGUUUUGGAGAAGACAAUGGCACCCUCGGCAGGACGAGGUCCCUGCCUGUCACCAUUGAGAUGCUCAAAGUUCCAGACGAUGAGGAAGAGGAAGAUGAUGACCAGGAAGAGGAACAGAAUUCAGGUCCUCGUGUGUAUAUUGGAGAUGUGCCAUCUGUCACAGUCAUCCCCAAACUGGUACCCCAGGUCCUCCCGGAGGAGCAGGAAGGAGACGAAGGGAUGAGUGACUCUGACUCGGAGGGGCCCAUCCUGUAUAAAGAUGAUGAGGAUGAGGAAGAAGAUGAAAGCCAUAACAGCACGCUGGCCAACAAAGUGAAGAGGAAAGACACGCUCGCUAUAAAGCUGGGGAGCACAACCGCACCACAGGAGGAGAAGAUCAUCUUCCCUCGGAAGAGCAAGGAGGAGUGGAAUGAAAUCCGUCAGCAGAUUGGGACAACGCUGAUCAGGCGACUGAGUCAGAGACCAACUGCAGAAGAACUGGAACAGAGGAACAUUCUUCAGCCGAAGAACGAAGCUGACCGUCAAGCAGAGAAGCGCGAGAUCAAGCGCCGGCUCACCAGAAAGCUUAGCCAGAGGCCUACAGUGGCAGAGCUGCAGGCCAGGAAGAUCCUGAGGUUUAAUGAAUAUGUGGAAGUAACAGACGCUCAAGACUAUGACCGGCGAGCAGAUAAGCCAUGGACAAAGUUGACCCCAGCUGACAAGGCAGCCAUCAGGAAGGAGCUGAAUGAGUUUAAGAGCUGUGAAAUGGAAGUGCAUGAGGAGAGCAAGCAGUUCACGAGAUACCAUCGACCAUAAUAUUCCAAGGAGGGAGCAAGAAACCCGCAAGAGCUGGACGUUCUCUGCAUCCCUCUCCUAAGCAAUACAGUGAGGGUGGAACCUCAGCUCUUCCAAGAUUUGCCUUCCAAACAUAUCCAGAAAGGGCUUUUCGGCCAGGGAAGGGGAAUCCUGUCUGAAUGUAGCAUUUCACUGGAACAAACACAUCUCUGAUGCCAUCAGGCUGGAACUGACACUAUACCUCGUGUGGCUCAGCAGUAUGACUCUGCCAGGAGACCGUGCCCAGGGGAGCGACCCCUUCCUUCCUUCCUUCCCAGCUUGUACAGACUUGUCCUGGGGAGUGCAAUUCCUCAUUUCCUCCUCCUUUCCCUGAGGAAGGGAGAUGAGAAACAAAGGCAGCUCUAGUGUUGGGAAGCUGAGGAGAGCAUGUCCUCAGAAGCAUCUGUGUGUAUAUUAGCUGUGUACAGAGAACCCUGGCAGACAACUGACAUGGCACUUGCAAUUUUUGGGGGUUUUGCUUUUUUGUCAUGUCCUUAAUGCCCUGAAUCACUACUGACCAACGGUUUGUUGUCCUGGAAGGGAACUGUGUAGAUAUUAACAUAUGCUGCAUCUUUUUGUUAAAAAAAAGAGAAAAGAAAAAAAACAACAACAUAUGUAUAAAUGCUCUGCACUCUCUCACACUUGCUGUGAUCUUAAUAACAGAUCUUGAGAUAUUUAGGCUUGUUUAACAAAUUAUAGAACCAGGAAAAAUGACUGUUGCCUUUUUAAAACUUUUUAAUUUGGGGAAACUGUGAGAGUAGUCAGUCCUUUUUAUCGUGGCUUUCUCUCAAAUGUUUUUUACUCUCCCAAAUCAGGGUUGAAGCUUGCCUUUUUCUCAUUUUUACAGCUAAACCUACUGGAAUCUUGAUCGUUUCACUGUGUGGGUCAAAAGGAGGGGAAGAAAAGGUUUAAAAAGUGACCUUAAAAAUGGUAUUUCUCUUCUGAGAGAGAAAUUCUUCCUCAAUGCGGGUUAAUAAAAAAAAUCUGGUAGGUCCACUGCUGUAUUAUGCACAAAACUAAACGAUCUGUGAGAUGCCACUUGUGCGGGGGUUUGGGGUGGGGAAGGGGGGGCGGGAGGGAGAGAACUUUGUCUUGUUCACAGACCAGUGUGGCAACACGCCGGCCGUGGCCCGGCAUCUGCUGGGGCUCUUCCCUCACGGCAUCCCCUGUACAGCCGCCAUUACAUUGUAUAUCAGUCUCCGCAACAACAGAUUUUAAUUAUUAAAUAAAAGUAUUUUAGAACUUUUUU